UAUACAAGUUCCUGUUUGUGGUGGACGCCAUAUGCAUUUUUCGUUCAAUUCAGCAUACAUAGCUGAUUUCUUCCGACACCAUCGUUUUUUACACAGAAGGUAUCAUCAGGUAACUUCAGAAACCUGAGACAGAGGAGAUUUUUGCGCAAAAAAAAAAAAAAAAAAAACACCACAGGAAUCAGUAGCAUAAUUUUGACGACGUGUUUUAUGACGUUACACUUGACAAGAACGUGCUGUUCAACGCAAUCUGCCCUUACCUGGUGCGAAAGAGGAAGACUGCCUUGACAUUCAUAGCCACCCACACGGACAGGAAAGCGCCUUUGCAUUUGCGUCGGAACUUGAAAGAACUAGAUUCCAGCGGCCCAUUAGUUAAUCCGAGAGCCAGAUAUCUCACAUGAGCAUUUGAGUCACUGCCAGCAAUAUAUCAAUUAAAAAAAAAAAAGAUGGCUGUACCUGCUCCUUACUACAAUGAUGCUGAAAACUGUGAAAUAGCAAGAAAAGGUGAUGCACUGUCUCCGGUACUGUCAGAAGAUGUGUGCAAUGUAUGCUGUGAUUCAGGUAUUGUAAAAGAACACAAAUCCUAUAAAAAAAGGUUUGAUCCUAGAUCUAUGUGUUCCCGAUGCAAAAGAGAUAUGAAGAAGAAUAAGCUGAGAUCACAUGCUCGAAACGGGAAGUUAUUGGAUCAUUGGCCUGUAAGAAAAAAAGUUGAGAGUAAAGAGAAGAGAAAGACUUCAUCCUCAAAAGAAGAAAGAAAAAAACGGAAGAAAUUGUUCAGCCUGAAGAAUUUUCAUUGUCUUAGAGGGGAUAAAACUGAGGUAAACAGUCAUCCCGAUAAGAUAGAACAAGACAGUGGGAUUUACCUAAGUGGUAAGACAUGUCAGGGGGACACAUCUGAUGUUUCUGUGACAUGUCAGAAUGGCCUGGGAAAUGUCUUGCCUUUGGAAGGAGAAUUAUCAGAUGCUCACCAGUUUUCUUGGAAUGACAGCUUCAGGGAUAUUCACGUUUUUUCCUUAGACAUGGAUUUGUCUUCACUGCAGUAUCAGUCUGAUGUCAUAGUGAAUGCCAUUGUUUCUAGAACUGUUGAGGCAGAUGGAAUUAGUUACGGAACAACCUAUGAAUGUGAUGAAGAUGAUAAGUGUGAGGACACCAUGGUAAAGGAAGUUGUCACAGCUUGUAAGCAGUCGGCAAGAAUUCAGCCAGACUUAACAUCUUUUGAAAGAUCAAGUUCUGAUCUUCAACCAUGUGGACUGGAGUUUCAUGUCCCUGUUCAAUGUACAGAAGUUGUCGAGGACUAUACUCCUCGUCCUGUGGCAAUAACAGAAAGUCAGCUGUCUGGAAAUUCAAGUGAAAGUUACAGCAAAGAUGAUUACGUUGAGAACACCAAGCCUUCUCCUCCAGACUUCAGGCAGAUAUGCCAUACAGAACCGUUCGUGUGUGUUACAGAGUCAUGCAGCCAGUUAAUGAGUACUGACUACAAGGUCGUUGAGUCAAAGAUUGUUAAAUGGAUUGACGCUACGGAAUCACUUAGUCAACCAGAAAUCAAAGAUAUGAAAAGGGAUAACUUUGAAGAGAAGUUGAAGGGGUGUCCUUUUACAAAGACUGGCACAGAGGAGGACCGCCAUUGUGAUAAACCGUUUAUUAAUGGAAGCUCUGAUGAAAAAGUACAAAGUAAAUCCAAGAUGUUGAUGGGUGGAAAGCUACCAUCAUGCUCGUCUCCAGAUUGGUUCCAAAGAACACCUUCGUGUUAUACCUGUAGCAGGUGUGAAUUUUCUACAACGGGCUCUGCCCUAUCUGAAGGAGAACUACUGAGUUCAACAUCUUUGUCCAGGAAACGUAGCUGUGGUCAAGCAAAAAUGUCUUCUGUCUUUCUGGUGGAUCAGUAUACUUUCUCUUUUCGUGUCUUUCUGGCAGAACUCUGUAAGUGUACCUUCCUUUUUUUUUUGAUUUCUCUUUGGUUAGACUUUGAGAAGAAACAAAAGGUCCAUGAAGGAGAACACAAGAAUGUUUUUACCUUACUUCAGUCUCGCACAGAUACAGAAUCAGGGAAAAGUCCUAAACAAAAUAAAACAAAUGAUGACAGGAAACCAAAAGAUUGUAAUCUGUUUGGGAACAGCAAACUGGCAAAUAAUGAGUUAACUACUGCAGGAGAUUGGAAUUCAUCUGAUGUAGUGGAGCCCCUUCAUGUCUAUGUUCCAUCUGUAGACCAGUCAAACCCAGCAGUUUACACAGCAAAUGAGAAUAUCUCUCAGCCAAAUUCAACAGAAUUUCUAAAUGUGCACCAGCAAGAGUUAAGACACACUCGGUCAGACCAAAUGUCGUCACUCCAAAGAAAAAGCAGACUGGUACAGAGAAAAAAACAUGCCCGACAUCUUUGCUGCAAAAGACAUGCAAUAAAGCAUGAAUACACAUGUAUACACAUUCCUAAAUCUAGAACCUCAAGGAGACUUGUCAAAAGGAUGAACAGCCUGGAGAAUUUUGUUUUCCAACGAAGCAAGGUUGUGAAGAACAGUAAACAUGAUACAGGAAGACGUGAUUACCUGCAUUCCAUGCUUAAUGUGAGGUCAGAUCUAAAUGUAUUCAUGCUUCCCUUUAACCAUCCAAACAGUCAGCCAGCCAACGGAACUGAUGAAGCGGGACAUGGAAAUAGAGAUGGAGAACUUGGGGCUUCAGCAGGAAGACUCUCCAGCCUGGAGACCCCACCUAGCACUGUCAAUGGACAUAUUGGAGUAUUUGAACAGAUCAGCACAGGAACUGUAACGGAGAGUAUGAAGUUUGAAUGGGCUAGGUUCAAAUCUUUCUGGUCCUUUCCGAUGUCCUGUCCUAUUCCACCAACUGUUCUGGCUAAGUAUGGGUUUUACUAUACAGGGAACGAGGACAAGGUGUGUUGCUUCUGCUGUGGAGUGACGCAUGGAAACUGGCAAAAAGGACAGUCUGUCUAUGCUAUGCACUAUCAGAUUUCAAGAAGAUGUCGCUUCAUGCUAGGGGAAGAUGUUGGAAACGUGCCGAUUCAUGGUCCAUAUUCCUCCCUGAACCGAAGAGGUGGAGGUCAAGAAGCGUCACUAACUACAGAACCAUCAGAACUAACACCACAACUGCAGACACCAGACAGCGUCACAUCAAUCCUUCUGGGACGAGAAGGAGAUUCAGGAAACCAAGUAACAACAUCACUUUUACAGGCCUUACCAACAGUACCAGAUCUUCGCAAUGAAACAAGGAAUGGACUAGGAGUUGGUAGUGGUCAGAACAGUAAUGAAACGAGGAAUGGAUUAGGAGUUGGUAGUGGUCAGAACCGUAAUGAAACAAGGAAUGGACUAGGAGUUGGUAGUGGUCAGAACAGUACUGCAGCAAGGAAUGGAUUAGGAGUUGGUAGUGGUCAGAACCGUAAUGAAACAAGGAAUGGAUUAGGAGUUGGUAGUGGUCAGAACAGCACUGAAGCAAGGAAUGAUUUUGGAGCUGGCAGUGCACAGAACCGUAAUGAAAUGAGGAAUGGAUUGGUAGUUAGCAGUGCUCAGAACCAUACUGAAAUUAGGAAUGGAUUGGAAAGUGCGUCUAAUCUCCCAACACCACAGACAUCAAGUGCCAGUUCUUCCUCUGUAUCCCAGUCUCCACAGCCAGUCAGCCAAGUAUCUACUCUUGGCCAGACUCCUGCUCAGCCAGGACAUGCUGCAGCCCAUCAGCAGGCCUCAGCUCCUAACACCUCUACUGUAUCUCAGACAGUAGCCAGUCCCCAAAACCAGAUAGCCACCCAAUCACGUAUGGAUACUAUGGCUAACCAGCAACGACCAGCAAACCAACAACAUCCAACCACUCUGGCUCAACGCCACCAAGAGCAACGACAGAUUCCAGCAGCAGCCAACAACCAUGGCAACUUGGGCAUCAUCACAGCAAGGCCUCGUUACCCUAACUACGCAGUCUUGACAGUGAGGUCAAGUACCUUCAAUGGCUUCCCAAACCAUUUAGACCAGACCCCCCUACAGAUGGCCCAGGCAGGUUUCUUUUAUGCGGGUUAUGGAGAUUAUGUAAGGUGCUUCUUUUGUGGAGGUGGACUUCGAAACUGGGAGCCUGGAGAUGACCCCUGGGUGGAGCAUGCUCGUUGGUUUCCUCGCUGUGCUUAUGUCAAACAAAACAAAGGUCAAACCUUUAUCAACAUGGUACUUCAGAGGCAGCGGGAGUUGACACUGCCCAAUGAAUACAUCAGGACCACAUCAGGAGCCUCUAGCACGACAUCCAGCGCUACCACCCAGACAGCCAGAAUAAUGGACAACCAAACUGGUUCAGUGAGAGAGCCACCACCUGUUUCUGUCCCUACUACAACCUCCACAGCUAACACUGAAACUCCUCAGACAGGUCCGACCACAGCACAGCGACAAACUGAAAUACAACUGACAGUAACUGCUGAAGAAAUGGAGUCUCCAGCUGUACUCAGCAUCAGGGAAAUGGGAUACAAUGAUGAGAUGAUUAAAACUGCCAUCCAACAACUCCGCCGCAACCAAGGUCCUGUGCCGUUAUCAGCUGAAGUGUUGGUGGAGAUAAUAUUUGGCUUUGGUGAUGACUUACCACUACAGAGACCUGAUCAGACACAGACGACAGGGCCAAACAGUGUCCCAACCACCCAAACCGAGACCCCACCAAGCAAUGAGAACCCUUCCUUGGCCAAUAGGACACCAGAACCCCAGAUGGGAGCCGCACUACAUGAUCCCAGGCCUCCUCGCAGGCCAAGAGAUGGUGAUUCCUCCACACGUGCAUACACCGAAGAAGAAUUAAAAUCCAUUGAAGAGGAAAACAACCAGCUGAAGGAACAGAUGAAAUGUAAAAUCUGCAUGGAUAACAUUGUAUGUAUUUCUUUCCUCCCUUGUGGACAUCUUUGUUGCUGUGCGGAAUGUGCUCCUGCAAUGGUCAAAUGUCCAAUAUGUCGACAGAUAAUACGUGGCUCCGUGAAAACCUAUUUAUCUUGAAAUUCAAAAAAAAAAGAUGUAUCCUUCAUGGUUAGGAGUUUUUUUUUUCUUGAAAAUGUCAAAUCUAUUUCUAAUGUUAGAUGUUGGAUGAAAGGCUAUCAAGUUUUGAAAAUGAAAGAUCCUAAUAUCUAGGUCACAGGGGUCAAAUAGGCUAAAAUCUUCCAAAUAACCAAGAGGCCCAGGAACCUGAUAUCAGGGCCUGUAGUAUGCUGAAGUGAAGUGCUAUAAGGUUUGUUUGAAUGAAUGACCUUGACCUACAUUCAAGUACACAGGGGUCAUAUAUGCUAACAUCUUGAACAACUUCUUCUAAAUAACCAAUAGGUCCAGGGACCUGAUAUUGGUUCUGGACCAUGCUAAAAUGAUGUGCUAUCAAGGUUGCUCAAAUGAAUUAACUUAAACACUUUCUCAAUAACCAAGAGGCCGAGGAACCUAGUACUUGGCCUGUGGCAUGCUGGGGUGAGGGACUUCUAAGUCUGUUAAAUGAACGACCUUGAUUAACAUUCAAGGUCGCAGGGGUCAUAUAUGCUAAAAUCUUUAAAGAACUUCUUCUCAAUAAUCAAGAGGCGCAGGGGCCUGACAUUGGUCCUAGACCAUGCUGGUGUGAAGUGCUACCAAGUUUGUUCAAAUGAAUGAACUAAAACAACUUCUCAAUAACCAUAGUCCCAGGUUUGAAGAAUCUUGAUAUCUGUGUGAAUAAUAAACUAGGUGUCUGAUCUGAUACCACGCUGUCUGAUAGAAUGUCAGGAAUUAAUUUGAAGGAUUGAUUGGAGUUGUUUGUCAAAGGUUUGAAAAAUGUGUCUACCAUUGUUAUAAAAGACAAUUUAGAUUAUAAAAGGUCCCCUUAGAUUUUCAUGACUUCCUGUUUUUUACUCCUUGUACUGAAAGGUCUUAGAAGUGGAGGUAGCUUGUUAAAGUAUUGAAAGAAGCAGCAUGUGGUGCAGUUUUGUAUGGUUUUGAUAUUGUGUCAUUGUAGUUGGUAGAUUGUUUAGCUGACAUAUAUGACAUAUUUAUAUAAACUAUUCAACCAUAUAUAUAGAGCAAUUAGAAUAACACUGGGAUUCAAAGCCCAUGUGAUGGGUGUAAAAAAAAAAAAUGAACACAGUACUCAUAGGUACAAAAAAAAAAAAAAAAAAAAAAU